GAAAGCAUGAAGGAGCAGCGCUGCGGAUAUCGCGAGAACCCGCGGAGCAGCGCGAGAAGAACGGCUACAGGCAAGGCACAGCAAUAUUCAUAUUUAGCAACAGCAGCAGCAGCAACAACAACAACAACAGCAACAACAACCAUAAUAAAAAUGAUUAUCACGCCAGCUAGACUGGAACCAUGUCGAACCGCGGUCUAGUCCCGGAGAAAGGCAGAUGAAAACACCGGAGUGCGAAAUCCAGGAUGUGGCCAUGCUCCUUUGGAUGUAUGAAAGACGGUGAAGAAGGCGCAGACCUUGAGAAUCUCACACAUCCAACCUCCUUUGCCCUUCCACUCAUUGGCUCGUCGAUACCCAUUUUUUUUUCUUUUUACGAUGAUAAAUAAUUAAAAUUUCAUGAAAGAAUGUAGCAAAGAGCUUCGCCUUGCAGAUAUUUGACCUCUUCUAAACCCCAUCAUGCAUGGGUUUGGUGCAUUGUCUUUUUAACUGUUCGUUUUAGAUGGAGCUGAGCACGACACUAAAGUUCACACCAAUUUGUAAAUUAUUAGACCAAUGUGCCGUGUUUGCCCCCACCCGAUUACCCCAGCUGUGCAAUCACUUCGGGUUUUUGUUGUAUGUUUGAAGUGAUUUGAAAGCUCAUCAGUCAGUCAGUGCGCCUGGCCCCUCAGGAGAAUGAACGGCUCUCUUUUAACCCCGCCCAGCCCCCGGGCGGCAAAUUCAUCUCCUUUGCCUCCAUCACCUUCCCCGUCUCCGUCUCCGCCAUCUCCCUCUUUACUGCCCCUGUCCACCCGGCCGCCUCCCCUGCCACCUCUGGUGAGCCCUCCACCCCAGGCUCACCCGUCCUCCCUGUCAGACACCCCCACACCAUCCCCUUCGCCUUGCCUGAGCUGGACCGAAUUCUGUGAGCUCCAUGCCCGCGUGGCAGCCGGUGACUUUGCACGCCACUUUCGAGCUUUUCUCUUGGAGAACCCCCACUACUCCCCAGACUCAGCAGCCGCCUUCUGCCGCCGCUUUACCGACCGCUUUGUUCGUCACUUCCAAAGCGAGUUGGAGGGGGCGCCUCCGCCUAGCUGUGCCAGUGGGAGGGAUGACAUGGGGAGCUGGGCUCCCCAGUCAGAUGCCACUUCUCUAGAAGAGGAGGCGGUUUCCCCCCUGCCAGCAUCUGGGGGUGCUGUCCUCCCUUGUGCCCCAACAAACCCAACACGGGCCCCAGCCAAGCCCGCGCCAACACGCCUCGUGUUGGAGAACCGCAGCCGAGAUAGGUUUCAAGACUCCCAGUAUAGCCUCACCCAAAUCUUGCCUCCAUCUUCCUCCUCGUCGUGCUGCUCCUCAGUCGGAGGGAACAAUGGGCGGCGUGAGGAGAGGGGGGGCAUGGUGGUCCCUGGGAAUGGGGAGGCUCCGGUUGAGGAGGAGGAGGACAGCUGGCUGGGGGUGGCAGCUGUGGGUGAAGAUGCUGAGCCUGAAGAGAGGGAAGCAGAAUCCACAGAGGUGUGCCUGGACAAUGCAGACCCCUCCCACACUCCUCAAAUUCCACCUUCCUCUUCCUCUGCCACUCCUCCACCUGGCUCCAAGGGCAACGGGACACCCAACUCCUCCAAAAGCAAACUGAAGAAGCGCUUUUCGCUGCGGAGUGUUGGUCGCAGUGUGCGGGGCAGCGUCCGGGGCAUUCUGCACUGGCGAAGCUCCUCCAGCGACUCGGCCCAGAGCCAGAGCCAGCUGCCCUCCAGCUAUAGCUACACUAUGGGCGUACAGGACCCCGCCUUGGCUUCAGCCUCUAAGAGGAACUCUGGAACGCAGCCUCCUACGCCCACCUCCUCCAUGCCCGUCUCCCUGUCCCUGCCCCUCUCCCUGCCCCAUUCCUCCUCCUCCUCUCUGCCCCCCUCCUCCUCCAGCAGCGCCACGUCUCUUUCUCUUUCGGAGGCGGCUCGUGACCGGCGGCGGAGCAACGGUGAAGGUGGCGAGAAGGAGAAGUGGAGCCAGCGGCUGGAGAAACUCAGGCUGUCACGGUCGCCGCCUCCUGUCCUCACCUCAGCAACCGUCGGUUCUCACUCCUCCUCCUCCACACUGCCCCCCAGCAGUGCUGCCGCUGCUGCCAUGGGACCCCCCAGGAAGGUGGGCCGGCUCGUGCGGGAGGGCGGGGUGAGCGUUAGUUCUUCGAGUGACGAGUUUAGUGGGAGCCACGGCUUCUCCGGCUUCUCCUUUGGCCUGCUGCAUCACGGUACGGACAAUAGUAACGCCGCCUCGGCGUCAGCUGCUACAGCCCAGGCAGGUCCAGUGCAGCCUCUGGCCAGCGGAGGCAACGUGCCUUGGAGAGGAGGCCGCUGGCAUAAAUGUCGUCUGGUCCUUAGGGAGAGGGACAAAGAAGGUGUUGAGCGGGGAGAGGAAUACUACCUGGAAUUCUUCAUCCCACCCAAAUCGUCCAAGCCCAGGCUGACUGUUCCAUGCUGCUCUAUUGUGGAUGUGAGGAGCACCACGGCGCUGGAGGUCCCCGACAAGGAGAACACCUUUCUCCUGCAGCUGGACGGGUCAGUGCAGUAUGUGAUCGAGACUCGUGACGCCGUGCAGAUGAGAGCCUGGCUGAGUGACAUCAGGAAUGGCAUCUGUCUCAGUGAACAGGAAGAUGCUGAAGGUGUGUGUGUGGGGCCGCUGGACAUUAGUGGGACGCCCGAGUUUGUCGAUCGCCUUUCACAAGUGUGUUAUGGAGGUAUUGGAGGCUCCUCACCUCUGAUGGAUCCUCUCCCACCGGAGCUGCCGCCUCGAGCCCCUCUGGAUGAACCGGACGGCCGGGUUCUCGGGGGAGGCGGGGCGAGUCUGGGUACACCGUUUGCUGAGACACCAGAUGCCACAGGCUCCUUCCUCUUCUCGGAGACGACGUCCGCCGAGACGGUGGAGCACCCGCUCAGCGAGUGCCAGUGGUUCCACGGCACCCUGUCACGCCUAAAGGCCGCCCAGCUGGUGCUGGCUGGCGGCACGGCGAGCCACGGCGUCUUCCUCGUACGCCAGAGUGAGACGAGGCGCGGCGAGUACGUCCUCACCUUCAACUUCCAGGGCAAGGCCAAGCACCUGCGUCUGUCCCUGAACGAAGACGGCCAGUGCCGGGUGCAGCACCUUUGGUUCCAGUCCAUCUUCGACAUGCUGGAGCACUUCCGGGUGCACCCGAUCCCCCUGGAGUCCGGCGGCGCCUCGGACGUCACGCUCAUCAGCUUCGUGGGUGCCACCGCCAUUCGCCAGCCAGGCCGGGACAGGGCAGGCAGCCGGCCUACAGUCUGUGAUGUCAUCACCACGCGCCAUCCUGACUCUCCAUCAACCCCCAUCUCUGACUGUGUACUUGACCAGCAGACCCCGUAGCCCGCCUCAGCCUCCUCCCCCUCCCCUGCCACCGGGCCGCCCGCCACCCCCCACGCCGCCGCAGGAGCGAGGGAACGAGACGGAGCUGGGUGGAGGAGGAGGAGGAGGAGCGAGCGCCGUGACGACGGCAAUGACGGGAGUAGGAGCGGGAGGAGGAGGAGGAGGAGGAGCAGGCGGCAGCGGAGGAGGAAGUGGGGGUAGUGGGAGUGGAGGAGGAGGAGGUGGAGGAGCAGCAGCAGCAGCAGCAGCAGCAGGAGGAGGAGUUGAGGACUGGGAGGAGAGGGACAGGGACACCCCUCUCCGCCAACUGGAAGCCGUGGAGGGCGAAGAGAGGGAAGGAGCGAGGGCCCCCCGAGCCAUUCUUAACGAAUACUCCGUCUUCUGAUGGUGGGAAGGGCGGCGAGGAGGGGGACGAGUGUGUGUGUGUGUCCGUGUACGCGAGUGUGUGUAUGAGUGAAAGGGAGAUCGAAUGAGGCGGCGUACAUCAUAGCCAUUCAUAACCAGUAUUUUUUAUUUUUGUUAGCAAGGUGGAGGUGAGGAGGAGGAGGAGGAGGAGGAGGUGGAAAAAAAAGACUAAGUACUAACACUAUAUGUGAGAGAGAGGAGACUCUAAGCAGACGGAGAGCAGGGUGAGAGCAGCUUUUCGAACACUAAAUAACGGUACUUUAACUUUAUUUUUAGCCAGAUAAGCUUGUUUUUUUUUUUUUUUGCCGGUACGCCUCACAGCAGGCUCUUGUACGUGCAAAUGACAAGUAGUGAGAGCUUAAGCCCUGUGAAGCCAGCAGCCCUGAUACCUCACAGUGGUCCUGCCAAGACAGCACACGCUAGCCAGAAGCCAAACACACACUUGGACAGUGGCAAACCGACCCGAUGCCUCGCCCUCUCUCUGUCCCGAGAACAUCACACCGACCCGCGCGGCCGUUUGAAGGUGCAAUACGUAGCAUGUCGACGUCAAUAAACCAUCACCACACUUAACGAGGUCGGGGAGUGACAGGUUACAGUGACUGAAUCUUUCUUUUUUUUUGUUGUUGUUGUUAAAUUGGUUACUGAUCAAAACGUUGGUGAUUACAAAAGGGGUUACGUUGGAAUAUCUUUACCAGGAAAAAGCAAACAUGUAGAAUAUAACACUCAUUCUGCUGCCUGUCAUAUUUUCGCUGUGCAGGCAUGCUGCGUUGAAGUGCCAUGGGAAAUAUAGGAAUUACUAGCAGAACACACGUGACUGAGAAAAUACAACGGUGAGACAACCUAAAUCCUUGGUUGUGCUUUUAAAGUUGAAAUAUUGCAAUCUUAAUUUGUGUUAUAUUGAAGAACUUUUCAUAAAAUUUUUUUGGCAGGAAUCAGCAUCAAGCACCGUUAUAAGGUUUACUCCUCCAGCUUUGCCUGGUUUAAAACAUUUUUUUUAGAAAAGUAGUCAAAUGCUUAUUACAUUUAUCUGUAAUCUGUAACCGAUCACAUUUCAAAAACAAGCUUCCUAGCAUUGCACAGAGUUUGAGGUAGUGGUGUAAUGACUGGAAACAAAUAAGGUUCACUUACAUGUAUGUACUUACAUCACAGGUUUCCUCUCGGGAGUCGGUGAUCUGAUGAUGUUUUGUAUAUAAUUUGCAUAUUAAUGAGGAAAAAGUGAUUUACUACUUCAUCUCCUCAGUGCUCUAAGAUGCAGCAUUUAUAUUAACACUACCCAUCUGUUAUGUGAGGACAAGUAUGUUGGCAUAAUAGUUUUUACAUGUUAAUUAGUUAAUUAGCUGAAUGUAUGCGCUCAUUAGCAUAACGUAUUGUUGGAUAUGUUUCACAUGUUGUGGUCGUUAUGGACGGACAUCAGGCAGCUCCAGUGCCUCUUGUACAUUGUGAACCACCACGUCUGAUUUCGUGGGAAAUCUUUUUCAUUGCUUUACGACGCAAAGGUGUUUUGCUUUAGGGUACGAAACCCGUUGUUGCAAAUAAUGCGCAACUUUAUUCAAGUUCUCCCAAUCAAACUGCACAGUUUUAUCUUCAUGUUAUCUUACCUCAUCAACAUGCACAGUGGCUGCUAUCAAGGGCCGAGGCGCUCGUCCUCGCUCUGUGACGGGAGGCGGUGGAUUUACGGAAAGCGUGCUCUUCGUUUUGAACAAAAAGCAAAAUGCUACAUGUAGCACCUUUUAACACCGCCGUGCUUAUUGGCAAACCUAAUCUGGCGAAACCUGAGUAUUUAGUCGCACCGUAAAUUGUGGUGAAUUUGGCGUACAGGUGAUCCACCGAGCAACAGUUUAUUUCAAUAAGGUCUCAACUUUUUGAACUGACGUACGUGGCGCACUACUGCCCGUUUUAGUGGAGGACGAUGGUGAGGGAGACAGCAAACAGAUCUCAAAAUGUAGUGGACUCAGUGCAGCCGGGGUGUAGUAGAUGUUUGCUGGAUCGAAGACUGAACACUAAUGACGCAUAAAACAUUAAUUCAUGUUUGCCAAAUAUGUAUGUAUGUAUGGUUAGCCUUAAACAAGGGAACUGACAGAUUGUUUUUCACGUUUUGUGUGAUGUUCUCUUCGUACGAGAGGGGAUCGGACGUAUCGGGGGCAAAGUGGCAAAUAAACUACAGCAGGCAGGAAACAUUUACCUCAGUCACUCAGCAGCAUCUCUCUCUCUCUCUUUCUGUCUCUCUCUCUCUCUCUCUCUCUCUCUCACUCUCUCUCCACUAACUCCUGGCUAUACCUUAUGGUAGAAAAAAGACUGAACUGGGAGAGAUUUAUUUUCUUUCAAAGAGAAAUUACUAUUGAUAAUGAUACCUAUAACAAUAAUAUUGAUGGGAAAAAAAUAAUAAUGACGGAAUAAUGGUAUUAAUUUUAUUAUUUUUUUGUUUUUGUUUGUUUGUUUUUAAGAUACCUUUUUAUUUUGUAUGCUUACUCCAUGUACGUGUAACUCUUGUUCCAGCCCGAUCCUGUAUUUCGUUUGAAAUUUCUUUGUGCCUUUUUAUUUUUGGGAAAAAAAAAGAAGAAAAAGGAAGAAAAAAAAAAAGGAUUAUAAUAAUGCCUCAUUCUCAAGGCUACCCCUCACCCUCUCUCUCAUGCUGUCCUCUCCUCCUCAACCUCAUCCUCCAGUCAUUGAGGAAAAGAAAAAAAAAAAAACACAGAAAUAGCAGAAAAAAAAACAAAACACGAAAAUGUUAAUGAGAAAUACCUACUUUUUCUACUUGUGCCUUUCUGUGUCUGUCGUCUCCUCUCGCCAUCAGCCUGCGUUCGUAUCGCUCUGUCUUUCUUUGUCAUUCAGUUAAGAGCUUGCCUGUUUAUUUCUUCUUCAGUUGACCCGACCCGACCCCCCCGUUGUUGACAUUUCAACCGGUCUCUCUCAUAUUUCUUUGCUUGGAGUCAUGUAUUUGUCUGUAUACGCACCUUUACCCCCUCCCUCCCUCCCCGGUCAUCAUGUUCUGUGUCCUUUUCUCAGUUUUAAAACUCUUUGUGCCUUUCUCUGUCUCUUUUCUCUCUUUGCUGGGACCGUGUGUUGAGGGCGGGCGAUGUUGUCCACCCUGUGUGGUUAGUUUCAGGUACUACAUUGAAUUUAAUGAUAAUGAUAUAAUAUAAAUAUAGUGAAACAUA